CGUCCCGGGGGCCGGGCUCCAGAGGCCCCGCCUAGAUCUAGGAGCCAAUCGACGUCGGGGGCGGGCGGGGCAGGCGCGGGCGGCGGCGCAGAGACCAGCGCGGGUGGAGGGCGCGGACCGACCGAGCGCAUCGACCAUGGCCUCCAAGUGUCCCAAGUGUGACAAGACCGUGUACUUCGCUGAGAAGGUGAGCUCCCUCGGCAAGGACUGGCACAAGUUCUGUCUCAAGUGUGAGCGCUGCAACAAGACGCUGACCCCUGGGGGCCAUGCUGAGCAUGAUGGGAAGCCUUUCUGCCACAAGCCCUGCUAUGCCACGCUGUUUGGGCCCAAAGGUGUGAAUAUAGGGGGUGCUGGUUCCUACAUCUAUGAGAAGCCUCUGACUGAAGGCCCUCAGGUCACUGGCCCCAUCGAGGUCCCCGUGGUGCGAACCGAGGAGCGGAAGACCAGCGGACCCCCCAAGGGGCCCAGCAAAGCCUCUAGUGUCACCACAUUCACUGGGGAACCCAACAUGUGUCCUCGAUGCAACAAGAGGGUGUACUUUGCUGAGAAGGUGACCUCUCUGGGCAAGGACUGGCACCGACCCUGUCUACGCUGUGAGCGCUGCAACAAGACACUGACCCCUGGCGGGCAUGCCGAGCACGACGGCCAGCCCUACUGCCACAAGCCUUGCUAUGGAAUUCUCUUUGGACCCAAGGGAGUGAACACCGGUGCUGUGGGCAGUUACAUCUAUGACAAGGACCCUGAAGGCGCAGUUCACCCUUAGGCCUCAGACGCCGUUCUCAGGGUCCCCUACCUGACCCCGAGGGAAAAUGACCUGCUGCCCAGCCCUGCCUCAGUGUGUCUCACCUGCAAACCCCGUGGCCUGAGUGGUUGAGGAGGAAGCCUGCCGGCUGGUGUCCAGAACAGCCCAGAAUUCCAACUGUUUCUUCAUCGCCUCGGCAUGUCCUGUGUUACCCACUGCCCCCUUUGCGUCCGUGUGCCUCCGUCCCUAGCCUCGUGUGUCCCGGGCCCCCAUGGCCCCGGUAGCUCUCCGAGGUGGCUGUCCUGUGGUCUCCCUGUUGCCCACGCCUCCCACCAGUAUUAUUUAUGCUCUGCUUGCCUGUGAUGGCCAUGAGCUCACAGCAUUCCCAGGCAGCGCCCCUGCACGGAACCCUUUGCUGGUUCCCACACUACUCCCCUCACGUGGUUCACAGCUACAGAGGCUUGCUGUCAAUAAAUGGUUUGAGGAUUGCAGGGCCCAG